AUGGGAUGCAUUCCGUCCUCCACGUACUUCGAGCCGAACUCGCGCCAUGCCGGCACGCCCGGCCGGCCCACCACCACCAACGUGCACAGCGGCAGUGACUUCGUCGUCACGCGCCACGUCUCCACGGCGCAAAUAUCCAGCGGCCCCCAACAAAGCAACACCCGUAACAGCCCCCGUUGCAGAACCCCCGGCGGCAGCCCCGUGCUCCUGUCCCCCCACCGCAGCCUCUACGUGUCGGCCCCACCGCAGCUGCGCAGUCAGCGCGACGUCAGCGCCGACACCGCCUACACCACCUGCAACGGCGCCAAGUACAGAUUUCUCUACGGCCGUCCGGUGGGCUUCGCAGGAGCAGAAGAAGUCAUCUCCUGCCUCGAUGACGCAGGCAUGCAGGGCAACCUGUACCGGCUGGUGCGCAGCAAGCUCGUAAGCAUCGGCGAGGAGGAAGAAGGCGGCGGCGGCGUGGACGGUGCGGGCCAGCGCCAUGCCGACACGCUGUUGGAGGCCGAGGCCAUUCAGAGGGAGCAGGGGAUGGAGCUGCUGGCGUGCUCCGUCACGGCGCGCCGGCGGCGCAGCGGCGACUCCCGUGCGUCGGCACUGCAGGAGCAAUACGUCGUAGCUUUGUUGGGUACGGACACGAUUCUGGACCCCUCCGCGAUUGCGCCGUCGCGGCGCCGGCUGCGCAGCGCCGCCGUGCAGGUGACGGAGGCGGCAGAGCAGAAGCCCAACGCCGCUCGCCUGUCUGCGGCGGUGCCACCGCCGCCCCCCGGCCAACCCUCGUUCUUUUCCUCCAGCGAGAGCAAGGAAAGGGAGGUGGGCAGAGGGGCCCAUGGAGGCAACCUGCUGAACUUCAACUUGGAGGACACGGACUACCAGUUCUUUCCCCAAGCGCAUUACUCCGCGUUGCCGGCGCAGCGCAAGGCUGGCGGGUCGAUGCCCGUCGCGCUUUGCCCACCCAGUCGCACCCUUCGUAUGCCGGUGCGGUUCAGCGCCGUCGAGGACCGUGUGAUGGCGUCGUCCGGCAAGGCAGGCGACAGCGGCAAGAGCUGGAAGGACCGGGUGAUGCAGCAGCGCAUGUUCCGCCUGGCCACGUCCGAGACGCGCACCUGGGCCUUCUACAACGACUCGGAGUACAUCAUGCACGUCUACACCCUGUUUGACCGGUCGUCGAAGCUAGAGUCGCGGGACAGCACGCGUCUGUGGCCCAGCAGCGUCUUUGACGACGGUAACGAGGCCCCCACGCCGCCGCCCGUUUUCUUCGGUCUCUUCUUCGAUCAGGACGGCGAGGAGGCCGUGCCGGCGUCGGAGAUGCCGGACAGCGCCGCGCACCGUCCGCGGCGCAUGUUUGGCACACGCGGGAUGUGGAUCGCCGAGUUGCUGGUGCCACCGCGCUCGACGCGGCUCUUCGUGGAGGGCAAGAUCAGAGGUGCGUACCGGAUGCGGUGUACCCGACUCGACCUCGAUGACUUGGUGGCCGCGACAGGGACGGCGCUGUCGGUGGCGCAGCAGCGCAACGCGAGACACGCCUCGACGGACCGCUUUCGGUUUAGCCUGCUGCGGCCUAGCCUCGCCUUCUCCACGCCCAAAGUGGCUGCCGCGCCUUCCAACCCGCGGCUGGAGACCUCUACGACGACGACGACACCAGACGCAGCAGCAGCAGCGACGGCGGGACACGCGGAAAGCAACGGCGCGGCAGCUGCCCUGCGUGAGCUGAAUCCCACCGGACUGUCUCACCUCCCACCGCCGCCACCUCGACUCCCCCUCGUCGAGGCGACGCUCACGAGCGCCGAGAACGUGGCGCAGACGCCGCAUCAAAGACGGAUGACAGCGUCGCUCAUCGAGGCAAGCUGCGGAAGAAACCGCGCCGGUCUUCCCUCGGCACCGGAGAUCGGCUGCCACUCCAUCGUGACCGAAUCGCAGGGCGUGCUGAAAAAGUUGACGUACAUCUCUCACAACGCUGGCCGCACCGCGGCAGACGCUCUCCAUGUGCCGGAGUCGCGGCCUGUCGCUCCUGCCCGCGCAGGGGUGCCGGCGAACUCUAGCGCUGGAUCGCAAUCGACUACGCCACCGGACUCCCCGGAAAAGGCCGGUGCGACGAGCAGCCCCAUCUUCUUAUCCGCCACGCCCACGGCAGUGCCGAGUGCAGUCGUCGGCCUCGGACCGCACCCGCUUUCCGUGGCAGCAACGGCGAACGCAUUGCCGCAGAGGGACACGAACGGUGUUGCGGCAGACAAGGAGAGUGCAGCGUGUGCGGCUCCGGCGGGUGAUCUGCCCAACAACGUGCUACAAACAGUGUUGCAGGGGCACGACGACGAGGUGGAAGAGCGCAGCCGCCACGACGGCCCGCUUGACACAUCGAAAGCGGCGGACAACGAGCGCCGUGAAGAGAGCAGCGGGCGCGCACGCAUCCCACACAUCUCGCCGCCGCUUUUCUCGCUCGUCAGCCGAAGCGUCGACGACAGGUCGGAUACGGCGGACGGGGGGCACAGCACCUGCGAUACGCAGAGCAGCUGCGCCGGAUUCGCGAGGAUUCGACCGAACCGGCAGCGUGUUGCCCGCACCGGCGGCGACGUCCUCUCCUCCAUCUCAGCGACGUCGAUCGGCCAGGAAAGCACCGGCGAUGACACGCGCAUCCUGCGCACCCGCUGCACCGACCCCAACACGGAGGCGCCGCCGCCGCCCCCACUAUUCGUCCGGGCCGCGACGCGGACUUCAGUGUCCGACGGGACGACGAGCGCAGCUGUGAGCCCCGAAGACGGCCUCGAACGCACUGCGCCGAUGCACACAUCUCGUACGGAACCCCACGCGUUGGCAGCCUCCUCUCCGUGCACGUUCAGCAAAGACGUCUCGAACUUUCCCCGCAUCGGCGGCACCGCGACUCCCGUAGGCGGGGAGGACAAGUGCUUGUCGGCCGAGAGCUCCGGCGCGCUCAACGGCACCCCCUGGCGACCGGUGGUGCACACACUGACACCGCCGUCGAGCUACCAGUCGGGGCGCGCCAGUCGCAUCUGGAUGCCCGACACCUCGAGCUUCAGCUCGGUGAACGCAGAUGAUUCGCCCGACCCGCUGGGCGCGGAGGGCGGUGUGCAGGUGCAGGACUCGACAUCCGCCGCCAACGUGCGCACUAUUCUGCUCCCGAGCGUUGCGGCGCCCGCUGGCCACGCCACGGAGCUGUAA